AAGAUGCACCUGUCUAAUAGAACUGUGCAGAAAAGCCAUUUUGUUAGCUUAGCCUAGCCAUGUCGGUUAAAGAAAGACUCUAGUAACAAGCGUUUAUUACACCAUCGCUAACAAUGUCGCUUUUACGCAUUUGUCUACUGUCUAAACACCCCAAAACCCAACUCUUUAUCACGCUUUACUAGCCGGAAAAGGUAUGGACUAGCUUUGAAGGCUAUUGCUAAAGUGCUAUGAAAACACGCAAAGUGGUAGCCAGUGCUAACUUGUGCUGCAGUAGCUAUCUGUUUACCUAGCUGUCAGCAGUAAUGUUUUCGUGCUAAAUAACGUUACGGGGUGCUUUGUUUUACUCGUUUUUAAUUAGACACUUUAUGCUCUGGUCCAAAGAUAAGUGGCUGAAGUUGUGAGUGUAAACAAACGACUAAACAAACUCAACUUAGCAAAACAAAUAAAACAACACAGUGUUAAGUCCAAGCGCUAAUCUGAUAAUGGCAGAAGACACCCGACAGGAAAAGAGAGCCAGCUUCUCCAACGGGAUGAUGCCCCGGACCUCUGUGGCCUCGGGCAAAGCAGGAGCCUCCAAGAAACUAGUCAUUAAAAACUUCAAAGAUCGACCCAAACUAGCAGAGAAUUACACAGAAGACACAUGGCUGAAACUACGAGAGGCAGUGAAUGCAAUCCAAAACAGCACUUCAAUCAAAUACAAUCUUGAGGAGCUCUAUCAGGCAGUAGAAAACCUGUGUUCCUACAAAGUGUCUCCAACACUGUACAAACAGCUGCGGCAGGUUUGUGAGGACCAUGUUCAAGCUCAGAUCCACCAGUUCAGGGAAGAGUCUUUAGACAACCUCUCUUUCCUGAAGCGAAUGAAUCGCUGCUGGCAGGACCACUGCAGGCAAACUAUUAUGAUCCGGAGUAUUUUUUUGUUCCUUGAUCGAACCUAUGUUCUCCAGAAUUCUCUGCUCCCUUCAAUUUGGGACACUGGCCUAGAGUUGUUCCGCACACACAUUGUGAGCGAUGCGGCUGUUCAAAAACGUACAGUGGAUGGUAUUUUGGAGCAAAUUGAGCUUGAGCGAAAUGGAGAGACAGUAGACCGCAGUCUCCUCAGGAGUCUGCUGGGCAUGCUGUCUGACCUGCAGGUGUAUAAGGAAGCCUUUGAGGAGAAGUUUUUGUCUGAGACCAACCGCCUGUAUGCAGCAGAGGGACAGCGGCUGAUGCAGGAGAGGGAUGUGCCUGAGUACUUGCACCAUGUGGCUCGACGACUAGAAGAAGAGAAUGAUCGUAUUGUGAGCUACCUCGACCAAAGCACUCAAAAACCACUCAUUAGCUGUGUUGAAAAACAACUAUUAGGAGAACAUCUGACCGCAGUACUGCACAAAGGCUUGAGCACAUUGUUAGAUGAGAACCGUGUCACUGAGCUGGCUCUUUUGUACCAGCUCUUCAGUAAAGUCAAAGGAGGACUUCUUACUCUGCUGCAGUUUUGGCGAGAAUACAUCAAGUCUUUUGGCAGUGAAAUUGUAUGUACACCAGAGAAAGACAAGGACAUGGUGCAGGAGCUGCUGGACUUUAAAGACAAAAUGGACAAUGUGGCUCACAAUUGUUUUGCUCGCAACGAGGGUUUCAUCAAUUCAAUGAAGGAAGCCUUUGAAACUUUCAUCAACAAAAGGCCCAACAAACCCGCUGAACUCAUAGCUAAGUAUGUAGACUCAAAGCUAAGAGCAGGAAACAAGGAGGCUACAGAAGAGGAACUGGAGCGAAUCCUGGACAAGAUAAUGAUAAUCUUUCGCUUCAUUCAUGGAAAGGAUGUGUUUGAGGCUUUUUACAAGAAAGACCUUGCAAAGCGACUUCUGGUUGGCAAGAGUGCGUCAGUAGAUGCCGAAAAGUCCAUGCUGUCCAAGCUUAAACAUGAGUGUGGAGCGGCUUUUACAAGUAAAUUAGAGGGGAUGUUUAAAGACAUGGAGCUAUCCAAAGAUAUAAUGAUUCAAUUCAAACAGUAUAUGCAGAACCAGAGUGAGCCCAGCAAUAUAGAGCUGACUGUGAACAUCCUCACUAUGGGCUACUGGCCUUCAUACACCCCCAUGGACGUGCACCUACCCACUGAGAUGGUGAAACUCCAGGAGGUAUUUAAGCUCUUUUAUCUGGGCAAACACAGUGGGAGGAAACUGCAGUGGCAGCCCACACUGGGCCACGCUGUGCUCAAGGCCGAGUUUAAAGAGGGGAAGAAAGAGGUCCAGGUGUCUCUGUUCCAAACUCUGGUGCUGCUGAUGUUCAACGAGGGAGAAGAAUUCAGUAUUGAGGAAAUACGCACAGCUACUGGCAUAGAGGAGGGCGAGCUCAGGCGCACGCUGCAGUCUUUGGCCUGUGGAAAAGCUCGAGUCCUCAACAAAAUGCCCCGAGGGAAAGACGUGGAAGAUGGAGAUCGAUUCAACUUCAACAAUGAUUUUAAACAUAAACUCUUCCGUAUCAAGAUCAACCAGAUUCAGAUGAAAGAAACGGUGGAGGAGCAGGUCAGCACCACAGAGCGUGUGUUUCAGGACAGACAGUACCAGAUCGAUGCAGCUGUGGUUCGUAUCAUGAAGAUGAGAAAAACACUGAGCCACAACCUCCUCGUUUCUGAGCUUUACAACCAGCUCAAGUUUCCUGUCAAGCCGGGGGAUUUGAAAAAGAGGAUCGAGUCUCUCAUCGACAGAGACUACAUGGAGCGAGACAAAGAGACCCCAAACCAGUACCACUAUGUUGCCUGAUGGAGCUUCACCGUUAGCGUUCGAUCACAGCAAGUAGCCUCCACAAACCACCGCAGCCCUUCAGCCAUCAGACCGAAAUCUAAACCAGGACUACACUCUGCAUUGUCCCACUGUGUGUUAAAGUUGCACUGUGUAACUUUUCUGUUGGGGCGUCUAUGUCCUGCUUGUUUCCAAACAAGCAGGGUGUCCAAACUGUUUUCAUCAAGGGCCACAUAUCUAAACACAGAUGAAGCAGAGGGCUGAUCAAGAGCCAUAGACUGAUGCUCAGUACAGGAAAUAAUUGAAAUGUGCACAUGUUUAACACAUUAAAAUGAGCCAUCAGUCUUUAUUCAUGCUAAGAUCCUUAAAACCACACAGUAAAUAUUAAAUAAACUUGCAGUAGAAAGUUAAUUUGUAAUUGAUGUAAUAAUUAAUAAUUUGGGCCAAUUCCCCUGGAAAUCUGAGGGCCAAUUCACCUGGAAACCUUGGACAUGCCUGGUCAACGAUGUUUCACAGUACAGCAUUAAACAUGUCUAGACAAGGCAAGGCUAGUUAAUUUGUAUAGCAAAGUAAUUCACAGAAUAGGAAAGACAUUAAAAUCACAAUACAGACAAAUCAAAACUAAUAAUCUUCAUGAAAUGAACAUUAAAAGAGAAGACAGAAGAGUGAGAGAUCUGUCUUUUAUUAUUCAGUUACAGGUGUUUUUAUUGCUCAAAAAUACAUUAUAGAACAUGUACUAUUCCAGCUGUGUGGAAGUCACCUCUCCACAGAGCUGACCUGUUUCUGUGGAGAUAUAAAGUUUAAUGCCAUAGUGUGGAACAUUCCAAUUAACACAAUAGCUUUGUCAUGAAGAUUAGCAAGUGCCAGACUCUUCAUCUGAAAUGUUACACAAUGCACCUUUACGUUUAGGUGGGAUCAGAGUAAGACACUGCUGCUUGAAGUGGUCUACAUUGCUGAUAAUGGUUGCUCCACAAAGACUUUCUGCUAAUGCAAAGCUCAAUUAAAAUAGCACUUUUCCUUUUUUUUUUCUCUUAUUUCCUCUGUAUUAGAAUUUUCUUUAUUAUGUCCAACUAAUCAAACAUUUUCUACUAUAGUUGGUUUGUCUUUAGCUACACAUUUAGUUUUAAUUUAUGUUCGAGACUUUCUGUUGUGGAUGACUGCAUUAACUGCUGAGUUUUGAGUUGAAUGCUUGUUUGGAGUUGUUAGGGACAAAACAAAAAUGAAAUGAGGGUUAGAUGUUUUAUGUCUGAAAAUAUUCAACAUUUUAUUCAGGUAAGCCACUUCUUUGGAUUUCUUUGUUGUUUUUGACCAAAAUGUUCAAUGUCACCACCCAGCGUUUUGUAUAAGAGAUUGUAUGGAGUGAGAAAAGUAAAGCUGAAUAAAUAUUUAAUAAUACAA